AUUCAGAAUAAGUUGAAAGAUUUGUUCUACUUCUGGUAACAUAUUGAAGCUUGUUCAACUUCAAAGUAGCUAGCUAGCUCCCAUGAUGGAUCAAGAGGUAGAAACGCUUGAAGCGAAGCUGCAACGUGUGAAGGAGGAUAAUCGUACCCUUAGAGAGAUGCUGGAAACUCUGAGCAGCAAAUGCGAGAAGCUUCAGUCUCAUCUUCAAGAGAUCAAUAAUGAAGAACAAGAAGUGAGCACAAAAUCAGACCAAAGUGGAUCAGUAUUAUUAGCUAGAGCCGAGUUUCCCAUAGCACAAAAGCCAUCACAAAUCUUUGUUAAAACCCACCCCAAGGACAAUAGUUUGAUGGUAAAAGAUGGUUAUCAGUGCAAGAAGUAUGGACAGAAGAAGGUUACCAAAGACAAUCCCUCGCCUAGAGCUUAUUACAAGUGCUACCUGGCUCCUAGCUGCCCCGUCAAGAAAAGGGUGCAAAGAAGCUUACAGGAUAAGUCUUUCCUUGUUGCAACUUAUGAAGGAAAGCACAACCAUGGUGUUUUUCGUGAUUUACUUAAGCCAUCAUCUUCUAUACCAGAAACCUCAAUAAUGGACAAUUAUUUACCUAUGACAGUCAUGCCAAAUGACAAAUUAGAUACUAUGAACAUAGACCUUUGUCUAUGCAAUCGAGCUCAAACAGAUAUAAGACGUUGUGAUGAUAUUAAAGAACAGAACGACCGUGGCAGCAACAGCAAAAUUGAAGAAUAUGUAAGUUCUCCAGUCAAAGAUCCUGACUUCAUCAUGCCAUUAGCUGAAGCAGUUGUCCACUCCCUCAAUAGCCAGAGUUAUAAGCAAGUGGGUCUUAACCUGAGUUUGGGUCUUCCAGAACCCCACCACUAGUGAAUGCACCUCAACAAAAGCAUGUGUUUAAAGGAAUCAAAGUACUAAAGCAAAUAGAGUCUGGCUAAAUGCAUAUGAAUAUAGCUAGAGGUUUCAAUCUUGUGAGAAAGAAUUAAGAAUUAAGUAAAUACUACUAGUAAAAAAACAUGUUUAUCCUCGAGAGUCCGUCAUAGUUUUGUCAUUAUUAAAAAACACAUCAAUAAAUUAAGAGAGAAGGAUGUAAAA